GCGGCUCCGACAACACAGGAAGAAAUGUGUUUGAUCAGCAGAUAGCGAGUAUUGAUCGGGAGGAACUAUGCGUCAGUGGAUUCGAUGAGUGCGCGAGUCAUGGACGCUUCUCUGUCUUUGCUGUGGCAGUACGCGUUCUCGCCCGCAAACGUCGUGGGUUUGAUUGCGUUCGUGCUCGUUUACUGUGCGCUGCAGCAGUACGCGUGGCAUCGGACGUACGCCAACAUCCCUCCGGGUCCAAAGCCAUGGCCCAUCGUGGGAAACUUCGGCGGCUUCCUGGUGCCUUCGUUUAUUUUAAGGCGACUCGCGAAGAAUCGCAAAGAGUUUUCAAAGAUGGUCUCGAAUCCGCUGUCGCCUCAGGCUGGACUGAUGGAGAUGUCCAAACUCUACGGGAACAUAUUCAGCAUUUUUGUUGGGCCUCAGCUCAUGGUUGUGCUGACGGGAUACGACACUGUCCGGGACGCGAUGCUAAACCAUCCGGAGGUGUUCUCUGACAGACCCCAUAUACCCCUCGUGACUAUUAUCACCAAGAGAAAAGGGAUCGUGUUCGCCCCCUACGGCCCGCUGUGGCGCACAAACCGUAAGUUCUGUCACAGCACUCUGCGCAGCCGGCUUCGGCAAGCUGAGUCUGGAGCCGCAAGCGCCCACGAAGGCCUGACCAUGAUUAAAACAGAACUGCAGAGCCUCAUCGAAAACGCGGGGCCUUCUGGUAUCGAUCUGACUCCCCUCAUCAGCAACGCCGUCUCCAACGUCAUCUCCUCCAUGAGUCUGGGCCAGCGUUUCCAUCACCAAGACCAGGAGUUCCGCACCAUGCUGGAUCUCAUGUCUCACGGCCUGGAGAUUAGCGUCAACACGUCCAUUCUGCUGGUCAACGUCUUUCCCUGGCUCUACUACCUGCCCUGCGGCGUUUUCAAAGAGCUGCGGCGCGCAGAGAUCGACAUCACAGCCUUCCUCAAGAAGAUCAUCGCCAGGCACAGGGCCACGCUGGAUCCGGAGAAUCCCAGGGAUUUCAUAGACAUGUAUCUGGUGGAGAUGCUGGCCCAGCAGAAGAGCUCAGAAGAGAGCCUGUUCUCAGAAGACGAUCUCUUUUACAUCAUUGGAGACCUCUUUAUUGCAGGCACGGAUACGACCACGAACACCAUGCUGUGGAGCAUUCUCUACAUGUCCUUGUAUCCUGAUGUGCAAGAGAAGGUGCAGCAGGAGAUUGAAGCAGUGGUGGGAUCCGAGAGGGCCCCGUCUCUGACUGAUAAGGGCCGUUUGCCGUUCACAGAGGCCACCAUCAUGGAGGUGCUGAGGAUGACCGUGGUGGUUCCUCUGUCUAUACCCCACAUGGCCUCAGAGACAACAGAGUUCCGAGGAUACACUAUUCCUAAAGGAGCGGUUAUCAUCCCGAACCUCUGGUCAGUACACAGGGAUCCCACUGUGUGGGAAAAUCCUGAUGACUUUAAUCCAGGCCGAUUUCUGGAUGAACAGGGAAAACUUCUCAGGAAAGAUUGCUUUAUUCCAUUUGGAAUAGGUCGCAGGGUGUGCAUGGGAGAACAGCUGGCUAAGAUGGAGCUGUUUCUGAUGUUUACCAGCCUGAUGCAAGCCUUCACUUUCAGGCUUCCCGAGGGUAAAUCUGCUCCAUCCAUGCACGGACGCUUUGGCCUGACUCUGGCUCCGUGCCCAUUUACCGUCUGUGUGAAAGCACGCUGAACAGACGCACGCAUUCCUCAAACGAUCAUCACUGGGAAACAAAUUGCACGGCUUGUCCAUUAAGAAGAAUUGUCGUUUGGACCAUAAAUGAAGUAAGGGCCUUUGUGGUUGCAUGAUCAAGCAAACGGUCUGAGAUUAUUCUAUUUAGUGCUGGCAAACCAUUAAUUGCAUCCAAAGUUAAAUGUACAUAAU